AUGGACAAUCCUAGAAAUAAAAGAUGGAUGUAUUGUGAUAGAGUUAGUAAAGAAUAUUUGGAGGGAGUAGAUGAUUUUUUAAAUCAUGCACUUUCUGAAAAACGUGGAGAAAAAAUUGCAUGUCCUUGUACGGAGUGUGUGCUUAUCCAUCAAGUAAAUCGGGCUACAGCAUAUAAUCAUCUUGUGGUUAAUGGUAUUAUACUGUCAUAUGAUACUUGGUUUUGUCAUGGGGAGUCUCUAAAGGGAUCAAACAAUGCUGGAGAAAAUAACCGAAGCCAUUCAACUCUAAGGGGCGAUAAUAUGCGAGGAAUGAUACAUGAUGCAUUUAUAGAUGUUACACAGUUCAUGGAUACUGACAUUAGUGAAAGUGGUGGCAUGGAUCAAAACGUACAAGAGAAUACUGCUCCUCCAUCUAGAAAUCAACCUCAUCCAGAGGUGGAUAAGUUUGAACGUCUCAUGAAGGAGGCAAAUGAAGAACUGUAUCCUGGAUGUAAGAAGUUUAGCAAAUUGUCUUUUUUGCUGCAUAUGUAUCGCUUAAAAUGCACGUUCAAAUGGUCAAAUGAAUCUUUUAAUUCUUUGCUUGGACUAUUGAAAGAUGCGCUUCCUGAAGGAGAAACAUUGCCUCCUUCUUUCUAUGAGACCAAAAAGAUAGUUGAAGGCUUGGGCUUAAAAUGGAAAAAUGAUGCUAGAAAAAUUUCAGCCAAGGUCCUAAGGUAUUUUCCUUUAAAACCAAGGCUACAGAGAUUGUUUAUGUCUUCAGAAACUUCUAAUGCAAUGCGAUGGCAUCAUGAAGAGCGCAACAAAGAUGGAGUUCUACGGCAUCCUGCAUAUUCUGAAGCUUGGAAAAAUUUUGAUAGUAAAUAUCCCGAAUUUGCUGGAGAUCCUCGCAAUGUGCACCUGGGAUUAGCUUCUGAUGGGUUUAAUCCAUUUGGCACAAUGCGAACUGUACACAGUACAUGGCCAGUGAUUUUAAUGCCAUAUAAUCUUCCACCAUGGAUGUGCAUGAAACAAGAGUUCUUCAUUUUGUCCUUACUUAUUCCUGGACCAAAAGCUCCUGGCAAUAAUAUUGAUGUCUAUUUGCAACCUUUAAUAGAAGAGUUAAAUGAAUUAUGGGAUGUUGGGAUAGAAACAUAUGAUGCCUCUGCUAAGGAGAUAUUUCAAAUGCGAGCAGCUCUCAUGUGGACUAUAAAUGAUUUUCCAGCAUAUGAUACUCUCUCUGGAUG